AGACUCGCAUGACCCGGAUGUGACGUCACGUCACCGGUGCAGGCAAACAGCGAGCGCACGAGAAAGAGAGGUCACGCAUGUAACAGCGGCUGACGUUGUUCUGCAGUAAGUUACCGUCGGUCACCGGAUCGGUCGUCAUGGUGUUCCUCACGCUGUCCUGCUGGAUCCGGAACCGCGGACCGGACCGGUACUGGAAAGUCCAGGAGCUUCUGAAGAGCGCGCGGCAUUUCCGCGGCAGGAAGAACCGCUGCUACAGUCUGGCGGUGCGCGCCGUCCGCAGGGCCUUCGUCUACGCCAGCAAAGCUCGGAAAGCCAAGCGACGCAGUAUGAGACAGCUGUGGAUCCAGCGCCUCGCAGCGGCCAGCAGAGAGCAGCACAUGAAGUACCCCGUGCUCAUACACAACCUGCUCAAGUGCAGCGUCCAGCUGAACAGACGUGUGUUGUGUGAUCUGUCCAUCACGGAGCCGCGCUCGUUCAAGGCUCUGACCGCUCUGGCACACACUCGCCGGACCGAGGGCUUCAGAGCAGCGCUGGGUGACGGCAGCGAGCCUCCGGGCGUCUUCUCACGCAUCACGCAGCCAAUCACAGCACAGCACGGCUGACCAUGUGACCUGACGGCCCGUCUGGACCUCUUCCUGUAAAUAAGUGUCGUUUGUGGAUCUCAAUAAAACAUUUUCCUAUUUAAA